AUGCCCCGUCCAGCUGCACAACCGUGGACGAGCCUCGCGCGGUGCACAGCGCAGCGCCAUGCGCGGCGGGCGCCCGCUCUCCGGCACAUCAACAUCACCGCGACGAACGCCUCCACCGAGCCGCUCGACCAGCAGGUGUCAGUGAGCCCAUCGGCCGCGCCGGCUCUUUCGCCAGAUGCGCGCUUCGAGGUCGUCGGCUCGCCGUUUUCGCUUCUUUCUGUCUCCCUCGCCGCCUCGCAACAGCUUUAUACCCGCCGCGGAUCGCUCGUAGGCUUCAGCGGCAACCCUGAGAAUGCUCUUUCGACGCUUUCUUUUCUUGAGCCCUUCAGACGCGCCCCCGUGGGCAUUCCCUUCCUCUACCAGAAGAUCUCCUCCACAAGCCCUGUCACGGCUCUCAUAUCUACAAAAUCACCCAUAUCGUCGAUAGUCACGGUACACCUCGAUGGCCGGCAAGACUGGAUUAUAUCCCAGCGACAAGCUCUGCUAGCGUGGACAGGACAGACACUCUCACUAAAGCCGCAAUACAAUGCGAAAUUAGGCCUGGCACAUUGGGGAAACACAUACAUUACCGGGCGGGGUUUGCUUGCGCUCGCAGGCAGCGGGCAGAUUUACCAGGUGCAUUUAAAGGCCGGCGAAAGCUAUGUCGCACACCCGAGCAACGUAGUCGCGUAUACCACUUCGGCAACCCCACCGCUACCAUUCCGCUUCAAGUCGUCAAACCUCCGCUUCCAGGUUCCAGAUCUCGGAUUCGGGUCCCUGGCGCAGAACGUCCGAUUCUUCAGGGAAAUGAGCAAGACAGCAACGUGGAGGACUCUAGCUACCGCAUAUCACACGCUGAAGACGGGGUUGCGGCGGUCAAUAUGGGGCGAUAGGCUCUUCCUCCGCUUCGAAGGUCCCACAACCAUGCUGAUCUCAUCCCGCGCCACGCGCAUCAGCGACGCGCUCACACUCAAAGACGUCGACGAGAUAGCAAACAGCCCACCUGGCGCCGUGCAAGACGCCGUAACCAAGAAAAUCCAGCAGGAGAUCAGCGAGAUUGCGGACUCCAAACCCGCACCCAUCGCAUCUUCCGAUAACACAACAGUGCGCUACGCAACGGUCCGGUCUGGCAAAACAGAGUUCGACAGCGGCAAGUCGUCGUGA